CUCAUUCUCUCUCCUCACCUGCCCAUUUGUUCUUUUUCUCUCUGUUUCUCUUCUCUUGUUGCCCAGGUGAUGCAGGUUGCGGCAAAACAAUGGAUUGGGACCUCAAAUCCGUUCUCAAAUCAAAGGCUUCUGUGAAGAAGGGAAGACGAUCCAAUGCUGAGGGAAGCUCAAAAAAGGAGGAGAGUUCAAAGAAAGAUGAGACUACGAGUUCACCAUUGACAGAAGAGAAGGAUUCCAUUUUGGGGAAUGAUUUCGACAUGCCAUCCCUCGAUGGACCUCCUCAGAGGGCAAGGAAAAUCGGUGGUUGGGCUGAAGAGACCCAAAAGAGCGGAAAAAAUCGCACGGCCAUCAAUCUCAUUGAACAGGAAAGAUUUCAACAAUCUACCAAUCCUACGGACAAUGUGGAAGAUGAAAUUCCCACAAUACCUGAUCUAGAUGAUAUGCAGGAUGAUAUUCUAUUGAACGACAUUGCUCCAUCUCAUUCAAUUUCCGUAAAAAUGGCAGCAACGUACAAAGCUCUAAAUUCGGAUAUGGCAAAAUUGAGUAAUUUAGCCUCCCUGGAGGACGUGGACCUGAGUCUCCUGACUAAAUGCCUGCAAAAUGAAUCAACAGAGGAAGUAGAUGAGCCGUGGUAUUGGGAGGAACUCUUCACGUCCGUUUCAGCUGAAAUAAACUCCACAAAAUCCUCGGGAAAGGCCAUCAGUCCCUUCUUGCACUGA